AUGGUGGUGGUGCUGCUGAUGCGGGUGGUGCUGAUGCUGGUGGUGCUGAUGCUGCUGUUGAUGCUGCUCCCGUUGCUGCUGCUGCUGCUGCUGUUGCUGAGGCUCUACCAGAACAGCAGCAGCAGCAGCAGCAGCAGCAACAGCAGCAACAGCGAUAGCAAGAAGGUUAGAAACAACAACAGCAACAGCAACAGCAACAGCAACAGCAACAUCAGCAACAGCAACAACAGAAACAGCAGCAACAGCGACAGCAGCAGCAACAGCAGCAACAGCAACAGCAGCAACAGCAGCAACAUCAACAGCAGCAACAGCGACAGCAGCAGCAACAGCAGCAACAGCAGCAGCAGCAGCAGCAACAUCAACAGCAGCAACAGCAGCAACAGCAGCAGCAGCAGCAGCAACAGCAACAGCAGCAGCAGCAGCAGCAGCAGCAGCAGCAGCAGCAGCAGCAGGAUUACCCCCAUAGCCACCAUAGCUCCAGCCUCCAUAGCCGCCCAGGAGCAGCAGCAGGAAGACACAGACCGCUGCUGCUGCUGCCGAUAG